AAACCUUGCUGCACAACGCACCGUGAAGCUAUCUUUUCGGUAUGUCAUGGACAAAGGAGGGCACGCUGAUCCUCAUCAGCACGUUGCUGUCCAUUAGUCUCCUGAGGGGACUGGCCUUCAAAGAUCUCUGCGGAGCAGGGCGAUGCAUCUUGGGAGCCGGAACAGGCUCCUUGACGUUGCUACAUCUUUCGCCCUGGACUCUGUUGGUUCAUAGUGCAGUUUGCACAAUUGGAUGGCUGUUUGAAGUGGGUCCUUGGAUGCUGGAUUUCAAUGGAUCCAAGGCCGCUGUCUCCAGCCAUACGCUGCUGAUCAUAGCACUUCUGGCUCCUCUUUGCUGGAUGUUAGGUCUGUGGAUCAACAUGAAGUUGUAUAUUCAGAUGUGCAUCAAGGAUGAGUUGCUUCCACUCAGAUCGCGAAUGCAGCCCGGGUCAGAGACGCCUUUCUCCACCCUCUUCAGCUGGGAGGUGGUCGACGCAUCCAAGUGAUGACCCAAGAGACCAUGCAAUGUUAGUGGCAGGAGCCCUAAUUCGCUGCGGUUUGUGAGCAAAUAGCUCGGGCACCGUCAAUAAACUGGCAUGGGAUUCAGCAGAAUCUGCCAAUCAGUUGCCAUGUUGUGACAUGCCAGCACGGUCAGAGUCAGACUACUGCCC